AUGGAUUACACUAGGGCGUCGGGAUAUUACCAUCAUAUAGCCGGCAGGAAAGGACCUCCUGUUCCGAAAAAGAAUGUUGGACAAGAUAACCAGGGCUUUCAUAUACCUCAACCUAAUGUAUUAGCACACCAGACGGAAACACCAGAGUCUCGUUACAACAAUCAGGAUGACGUCACUGAAGCGUUUACAAUGGGUAGAAUGAUUCCACCAAUGACUACCGCCGAGUUUAGAUUGCCACAGAUCGGGCACGAUGCAGUAUCUUCUCAACCUCGACCAGGAAAAGGUACUCUGCCGCCAGAAUUCGACGAAAAUAUGAUCGAUUUGACUUCGAAAGCACUCAUGGAAAAGGUGUUGAAAGAACAUAAAAGCCACGACAUGCUGGAAGAGUGUCUGAUUGAGAAUGGCAGAAAAAUGUACGACAUAGCGUAUCAACGUUAUGGAUCGCAUCAUGAAAAUGUCUGCUACGAUGCCAUGCUAGAUAAUUUAGUUAUGACAGGUGAACAGGCACUGUUGGACGGACAGUUCAUUCCCUACACUUCAGUGGAGUUUCUUGAUGAGAGCGGUGAAGCGGACACAGACUGUCCAACUAUGCGCAAAGGGAAAGCAUUACUCACAAAUCAACGUUUACUGCUACUUUCAGCAGGGGAAACGGCAGAUUUGAGUCUUUAUAAAUUGCAAAAAGCAAAAUCAACAAGGUCGUAUUCCAACAAAUAUUCGGUUGAGACGUUUUGUGGUGACAAUCUGCAUUUGAAAACCCUGCCCAUUGAAGGGUUUCUAAGUGUAGACUUCCAUUCAUCUAUUGGAUCCAAAAUUCGUAGCUGCAUGAAGCAUUGGAAUACGGACCCAUUGCAGGUGACCGACUACAACGACCGUUAUGUCACCAUCGGAGCAUUGGUUCCUCCCUGGGCUAAACGUACAAUGGUCAAUAUUCAUUUCGACCCAGCUAUAAGUUACACGCUAAUCAGCCACUUCCUACUGGAAAUGCAAUCACAUGCGUCAAAUGACACGUCAAACGUACCAAGCGAGGUUAUAAAGUCAUUUCGUUCAUUAUUGGGAAGUUCCAACGUAUCUACAUCAUUAUCAGUCAGAGAACACCAUGGUAAAGAUGAAUCAUAUCAUACAUGUAUUCUGCCUGAUGUUGUUGUCUGGCCUGGAAGUACAACUGAAGUGAGUGAAGUCAUGAAGAUAUGUUAUGAAAAUGAUAUUCCCAUGGUGCCAUUCGGUACUGGCACUGGUUUAGAGGGCGCUGUUAAUGGAAUCGAAGGCAGCGUCUGCAUUAAUGUCACCAAGAUGGAUGCAAUUAUUGAAUUGAACAGAGACGAUUUUGAUGUCACAGUCCAACCCGGUGUUACCCGAAAGAUGCUAAAUAAGUACCUUCGAGAUCAAGGAUUAUGGUUCCCUAUAGAUCCCGGUGCUGAUGCUAGUAUAUGUGGAAUGUGUGCUACCAGUGCAUCCGGGACUAAUGCUGUACGCUAUGGUACCAUGAGAGAAAAUGUCAUGAACUUACAAGUUGUGUUGGCAGAUGGCACGAUAAUCAACACAGCCGGAGAAGGAAAAAGGACGAGAAAAACAUCAGCUGGAUAUAAUUUAACAAAUUUAUUUGUUGGCUCAGAAGGAACUCUUGGUAUCAUUACCAUGGCAACAAUCAGACUCCACGGAAUACCAGAAGCUAUGGUUUCCGCUGUGUGUUCGUUUAAAUCUGUCCAUGCUGCUGUGGAGACUGUUACACAGGUGAUGCAGUGUGGGAUACCAAUUGCAAGAAUAGAAUUUAUGGACAGUCUCACGAUGGAAGCUUGCAAUAAAUACUCUGAACUUAAUUAUAACGUAGCACCAACAUUAUUUUUGGAAUUUCAUGGUACCGAAAGAAUGAUCGAAGAACAAGCCAUGGAUGUGGGUGAACUUGUGUAUGAUAAUGGUGGGUCAGAUUUUAAAUGGGCAAAGGAUAUAGAGUCAAGGAACAAAUUAUGGGCCGCACGACACGAUGCAUGGUUUGCAUCUCUUGCGUUGAGACCCGGUUCUAAGGGUAUGCCAACAGAUGUAUGCGUGCCAAUAUCUAAGUUACCAGAAAUAAUUGAUGCCACGCGAGAAGACAUCGAGAAAUCUUCAUUAAUAGGCCCUAUAUGUGGUCAUGUUGGUGAUGGGAAUUUCCAUGUCAUCUUACUUAUCGAUCCAAAUGAUGAAGAGGAAUUCAGGAAAGCGAAGGAGGUCGCCACAAAAAUAGCAAGGCAUGCGAUAUCACUCGGUGGAACUUGUACUGGUGAACAUGGAAUUGGACUAGGAAAGAAAGCGCUCUUAGUGGAAGAAAUUGGGGAAACAGGAAUUGCAGCAAUGAAACAAAUUAAAUUUGCUUUGGAUCAUAAAAAUCUGAUGAAUCCUGGAAAAGUUCUCUGAGCAUCAAAAAAAACACAAAAAAAAACAAGUCAACUCAUGUGUGUGCCUUUUUCAGUCCCGCAUCGGAAACAAAGUCAAUUUCAUUUUUGGGCAUGUUUUGUUCAGACUAAAUAAUAACACAAAUGCAUGUACAUAGG